AUGUUUUUCUCGCAGCAACCCACCCAUCUUGCUCGCGUCGAAGAGUUGAGACGAGAACCCCCCAAAGGCACCCCGUAUUCCGUUGCGCUGCCUGGCACUGAACAAACUGGACGGAGCAAGAUCUACCGUGCCUGGAACCUGCAGAAGGAGCUGCUGAAGACGCUAGAUCCUAAGAUUCUCACAGCGCAUGACGUUUUCGAAUCGACCGCCAGUCGCGUCCCGAAAGCCCAUUGUCUCGGAUGGCGGCCUUACAACCCGGUCUCCAAGACGUACGGCCCCUACCAGUGGCUGGAUUACCAAACCGUACAAUCGCGGAGGGCCGCUUUUGGUGCUGGUUUGGUGGAAGUGCAUAACAAGCAUGGCUGUGGACGCUCGGGCCCAUAUGGCAUUGGUUUGUGGUGCCAAAAUCGGCCAGAGUGGCAGAUUACCGAUCUGGCAUGCAUGUCCCAAGGCCUUUACUCGGUUUCCAUCUACGACGUCCUCGCCGCCGAUGCCACUGAAUACAUUAUCAACCACGCUGAGCUGAGCUGCGUCGUCACGUCCUUGCCGCAUAUCCCGACUUUGCUCAAGCUCAAGCCUGCUUUGCCCAAUCUGAAGAUUAUCGUCAGUCUGGACCCUCUGGAUGCCGGCGAGCCCACCGGUCACUCCAAGCGGGCGCUUCUAGAGUCCAUCGCGACCGAUCUGGAUGUCGUAAUCUAUACGAUGGACCAAGUGGAGGAGUUGGGUGCGGCCUCAAAGCGUCCAUACAAUCCUCCGGCGCCCUCCGACAUUGUCACAAUCAAUUACACCUCUGGUACCACUGGCCCCCCCAAGGGCGUUGUCCUGACCCAUGAAAAUGCUGUCGCCGCGACAUCCGCCGCCAUGGUCAACAUUUCGCAAAAUCCAGGUGACACAAACUUGUCGUAUCUCCCAUUGGCUCAUAUCUAUGCGCGACUGACGGAACAUACCGCUUUCUGGGCGGGUGCCCGUAUCGGUUACUUCCAUGGAAACAUUGUGGAAUUGGUCGACGAUAUCAAGACACUGAAGCCAACAGGAUUUAUGUCGGUGCCGCGUCUAUACAGCCGCUUUGGCAACGUCAUUCGCGCCGCCACUGUCGAGCAGCCUGGAUUCAAGGGAGCCAUGUCAAGACACAUCGUUGCUGCCAAGACAGCUAACCUGAAGAAUCCGGAUCCCAGCAAGGCCACGGUGAAGCACGCUCUGUAUGAUCGAAUUUGGGCUAAGAAGGUCGCUGCAGCCAUAGGUCUGGAUCGGUGCAGAUUCAUGGUCUCUGGUUCUGCCCCUCUGGAUCCUUCGUUGCACAACUUCCUGAGAGUUGCUCUGGGUGUCGACUUCAUUCAGGGUUAUGGCUUGACUGAGACAUAUGCCAUUGCCACCACGCAGUCUUCCACAGAUCUUACCGCUGGAAACUGCGGUCGGGUUACCCCCUGCACGGAAGCCUGCCUGAUGUCCCUGCCUGACAUGGAAUACUCGGUCGACGACAAGCCGUUCCCUCGGGGCGAGUUGCUUCUGCGUGGAGCCAAUGUUUUCCAGGAAUACUUCAAGAAUCCCGAGGAGACCAGCAAGGCCAUGACAGAAGAUGGGUGGUUCAGAACCGGUGAUGUCUGCACAGUCGAUGAGAUGGGUCGUUUCAUCAUCAUCGACCGUCGCAAGAAUGUUCUCAAGCUGGCGCAGGGAGAAUAUAUCUCCCCCGAGCGGCUCGAGGGCGUCUAUUUAUCCGAGCUCGGCUAUUUCGCCCAAGGCUAUAUCCAUGGUGACAGCAUUCAGACUUUCUUGGUUGGUAUCUUCGGUGUCCAGCCCGAUGCAUUCGCUCCCUUUGCCAGCAAGGUUCUCGGCCGUACCAUCGACGGCACAGAUAUUGAAGGCAUCAAAUCGGUUUUGAACGAUGACAAGGUCCGCAAGGCUGUGUUGAGAGACCUAGAAAAGGUGGCCAAGAAGCACAAGCUUGCGGGAUACGAAAGGGUCAAGAACUGUGCUCUAAUGAUCGAACCUUUCUCGGUUGAGAACAAUCUGCUGACACCAACUCUCAAACUGAAGCGUCCUCCUACUACCAAGAAAUAUCGCGAUCUCCUCGAUCAGCUGUAUGCUCAGGCCACGGAAGAACAGUCCGCUCCUAAGGCCAAGCUGUAA